AUGAAGUCUGAAACACCUAUCGCCUCACGUGCCAACACAAACUCACCACUCUCGCCCUCGCCUGCGGAUGAUCUAGAUUAUGGCGACUUCGUGGACUCUGAAGACCAAGGGUUUUACGCAAACCCCAAACUCGGCCGCGGCGGCUUCUCUGUCGUCUGCCUUGCGCGAGACUUGAAGGACCAUACGAACGUAGCUCUCAAGGUGCUCAACUCGUUGGACGCUGCUUCCCAAGAGUAUCGGAUACACCUGAACAUUGCUGCGCGUGCGAAGGAUUGCUCUGGGAUUGUUCUAGGCCAGGACACCUCUAUACUCCAAGGAUUACGGGGCGAACAUCGCGUGCUUGUACUCCCACUGCGAGGUCCGGACUUCGAAUCUGUUCUCAUCAAGAGUAAGAGACUUAUCGCAGUUUAUGUGUCAGCAGCCAAGGAGCUGUUACAAGCGAUUAUCAGCCUCCAUAACUGGGGCCUUGUGCACAGACCAGGCCUGGAGAGCUCGUCGAGCCAGCUACCUUUCCACCACAUCUGA